AUGAGCCAGCCCGGAGACUACGCCGCGGUGCGCAAAGACAUCGCUGCGCAGCUGAAGAAGCCCGGUUAUGACGAUGGCAGCGCAGGCCCGAUUUUCGUCCGGUUAGCAUGGCACUCCGCUGGUACCUACGAUCGCGAAACUGACACCGGCGGUUCCAACGGCGCCGGCAUGCGAUUCGAGAAGGAAGCAGGUGAUCCCGCCAAUGCCGGUCUGCACGUCGCUCGCGAAUUCCUCGAACCCGUCAAGCAGCGUCAUCCCUGGAUCUCAUACUCGGACCUCUGGACAUUGGCCGGCGUCGUAGCGAUCAAAGAGAUGGGAGGCCCCGAGGUGGAGUGGAAGCCUGGCCGGACGGAUUUUGUCGACGACUCGAAAGUUCCGCCCAGAGGACGGCUGCCGGACGGCGCGCAGGGAGCGGAUCACAUCCGCGCCGUCUUCUACCGCAUGGGUUUCAACGACCAGGAGAUCGUGGCGUUGUCGGGGGCACAUAACCUGGGCCGGGGCCACAGAGACCGCAGCGGCUUCGAAGGUCCCUGGGUGAACAACCCGACACGCUUCUCGAACCAGUACUUCCGACUGCUGCUCAACCUGAAGUGGGAGCCGCGGACGCUGCCCAACGGCGUCAAGCAGUUCAGCUACGUCGACCCGGACGUGCCGGAGGACGAGAAGCAGGAGCCGUUGAUGAUGUUGCCCACGGACAUGGCGCUGGCGUCAGACCCCAAGUUCCUGCCCUGGGUCAAGAAGUAUGCCGAGGAUAAGGAUUUGUUUUUCGAGCACUUUGCCAAGGCCUUUGCCAAACUGCUGGAGCUGGGUAUCCGACGGGAUGCGAACGGCAAUAUCAUCAACACCGACAGGCAGCGGGGCGGGUCGAUUCCUGCGCCGGCUGUCAAGGCGAAGCUGUAG